UAUGGUAUCACUAUUGAAGAGCUGUCCUGCAUGGGCCAAGGAUGUGUGGUCACUGCUGCUCAGCGCCCUCAUUGGACCAGGUUCCUGCCAGCUUGAUCCCAUGCUUGGAUUCCAAGGUGACCAUGGAGGCAGGUGGCCUCCCCCUGGAGCUGUGGCGCAUGAUCUUAGCCUACCUGCACCUUCCAGACCUGGGCCGCUGCAGCCUGGUGUGCAGGGCCUGGUAUGAACUGAUCCUCAGUCUCGACAGCACCCGCUGGCGGCAGCUGUGUCUGGGCUGCACCGAGUGCCGCCACCCCAACUGGCCCAACCAGCCUGAUGUGGAGCCUGAGUCUUGGAGGGAGGCCUUCAAGCAGCAUUACCUUGCCUCCAAGACGUGGACCAAGAACGCCCUGGACUUGGAGUCCUCCGUCUGCUUCUCCCUAUUUCGCCGGAGGAGGGAACGCCGUACCCUGAGUGUCGGGCCGGGCCAUGAGUUUGACAGCCUGGGCAGUGCCUUGGCCAUGGCCAGCCUGUAUGACCGAAUCGUGCUGUUCCCAGGUGUGUACGAAGAGCAAGGCGAGAUCAUCCUGAAGGUGCCUGUGGAGAUUGUAGGCCACGGGAAGUUGGGUGAAGUGGCCCUGCUAGCCAGCAUUGAUCAGCACUGCUCAACCACACGCCUGUGCAACCUCGUCUUCAUGCCGGCCUGGUUCUCACCCUUCAUGUUUAAGACAACAUCAGGUCAUGUCCAGUUUGACAACUGCAACUUUGAGAAUGGGCACAUUCAGGUCCACGGCCCGGGCACCUGCCAAGUGAAGUUUUGCACCUUCAAAAACACUCAUGUCUUCCUGCACAACGUGCCCCUGUGUGUCCUAGAAAACUGUGAAUUUGUGGGCAGUGAAAACAACUCUGUGACUGUUGAGGGCCACCCGUCCGCAGACAAGAACUGGGCCUACAAGUAUCUCCUAGGGCUUAUCAAGUCCUCUCCCAGUGUGCUCCCCACGGAGGACUCUGACUCUUUAAUGUCCCUGGACCUGGAAAGCAGGGACCAGGCCUGGAGCCCAAGGACCUGUGACAUUGUCAUUGAGGGCAGUCAGAGCCCUACCAGCCCAGUCUCUAGCUCCCCAAAGCCAGGCUCCAAGACUGGCUCACAGGAGGCAGAGGUGGGUAGCGAUGGGGAAAGGGUGGCCCAGACCCCAGAUAGCAGCGAUGGAGGACUGAGUCCCGGUGGUGAGGAUGAGGACGAGGACCAGCUCACGUACAGACUGUCCUACCAAGUGCAGGGCCCGCGGCCUGUCCUGGGGGGCUCCUUUCUGGGCCCACCACUGCCGGGAGCAUCCAUUCAGCUGCCCAGCUGCCUCGUGCUGAACUCACUGCAGCAGGAGCUACAGAGGGACAAGGAGGCCAUGGCGCUGGCCAGCUCCAUUCAGGGCUGCCUCAUCCGCAAGUGCCUCUUCCGGGAUGGGAAGGGAGGCGUCUUCGUUUGCUCCUAUGGCCGAGCCAAGAUGGAGGGAAACAUCUUCCGGAACCUGACUUAUGCAGUGCGCUGCAUACAUAAUAGCAAGAUCGUGAUGCUCAGGAACGACGUUCACCGCUGCAGGGCAGCAGGCAUCUUCCUUCGCUUGGAGGGCGGAGGCCUGAUCGCCGGCAACAACAUCUACCACAAUGCGGAGGCUGGCGUGGACAUCCGGAAGAAGGCCAACCCACUCAUACUGUGUAACCAGAUCCACCAUGGCCUUCGCUCUGGCAUUGUCGUCCUUGGCAAUGGGAAAGGCAUCAUCCGGAACAAUCAAAUCUUUUCAAAUAAGGAGGCUGGCAUUUAUAUCCUGUACCACGGAAAUCCAGUCGUGAGUGGGAACCACAUUUUCAAGGGCCGUGCAGCUGGCAUAGCAGUGAACGAGAACGGCAAAGGCCUCAUCACAGAAAAUGUCAUCCGUGAGAAUCAGUGGGGAGGCGUAGACAUCCGCCGCGGAGGCGUCCCCGUCCUCAGGAGCAACCUCAUCUGCUUUGGCUAUUCAGAUGGCGUGGUCGUGGGAGACGAAGGCAGAGGGCUGAUAGAGGGCAACACCAUCUACGCUAAUAAGGGCUGUGGCGUGUGGAUGAUGUCGUCCAGCCUGCCCCACGUCACCAGCAACCACAUCAGCUACAAUGGCCUGUACGGAGUGGCAGUGUUUAGCCAGAAGGAAGGUUCCGGUGAGUUCCCUGGAGGCCACGGGGUCCAGGAGAACUUUAGCGAGGACGGGGACGCCAUCCUCUGGGAGACAGAGCUGGAGAAGGACGACGACCCGCUGCGCCGGCCCGUCACCACAGCUCUGGUCGAGUCGAACAGCAUUAAUCACAAUGGAGCCUCGGGACUCUACGUCCAGAGCAGUGAGGCGCUGCAUGUUGUAACCAACGUGAUCCACGCGAAUGGGGACAGAGGCAUCACGGUGGCCCAGAGCAGCCAGCUCACCCGUGUGGCCAACAACAGCAUCUCCUGCAACCGCCAGAGUGGGGUCAAGGUGGAGGCUCAGUGCAAGGUGGAGCUCCGGGGCAAUGGCAUCUAUGACAACAGAGGCCAUGGCAUCAUCACCAAGGGUGACAGCACCGUCGUCGUUGAAAACGACAUCAUUGGCAACCGGGGCAGUGGGCUGCAGCUGCUGCCCAGAAUUUUCCCCUUUCCUAGACCUCUCGCGAUCCCUCCAGGGACACGGCCACACCCUCCCAGCUGCCUGCAGAGGCUGGAGGAGUUUGCUUUCCUUAGGACACAGUUCUCAGAUUUGGACAUGGACCUGUGAGGGAGGAAGGGGCUUGAGACUGGGAGCCCCUCUUGAAAGGCUGCCCCAGGGACAAGGGAUGCUGAAAACAGGAGGGGCGUGUGGAGGCUUCCUUCCAGUGGCUCAGGUGCCAGGCUGGGCAGUGCAGGGAUGCAUGUGACUUUGCCCUCAAUAAGCUCCCAGACUCAGGAGGACACUAGGUCGGUGCCUGCCGCCCCAGGAUUCAGAUCCCACGAGCACACCCACACCAGCUGCCCCUAGAGAUGGAGGUGCUGGGGCCUCUCGUCUGUAUCCAUGUUCCUCACGGAUAACCACCUGCCUUUACUGACCCUGCCAUGGUUUCCCACUCUGUGCCUUGGCUCACGCUCCUGCCUCUUCCUGGCAUGCCCUUCUCGCCAUCUACCCAUGUCCAGGUCCCCCCAUUCUGCAGGGUUUAGCUCAGACACUGCCAUCUCCACAAAGCACUCCCCUCCUGCCAGAUGACAAUGCUCUUCCCGAGCCUCCUCUGCCCUUUCUCCGCCCCCUCAGGGUAGUUUCUGCCUUGCUCUGGAGCUAUCCAGGUCCAUCCCCCGUCCCACUCACCUGCCUGUGAGCACCCUGAGGCCACGUCUCACUGUGUCCCCAGCACCCAGCCCGGGUACAGUUAGCUGGAGUGAGGAGGAAGGCUGGCUCCAAAAGGGCUUUACUGAACUGUACUGUGAAUAUGUCAAGGUUGCAGAACCGGGUGGGCUCAGACCAACUGCUUGAGG